CCCACUCUCAUCUCUUCAGCUGAAGAAGAAGCAUUUCGAGCUUCUAACCCACUGAAAAUGGAGGCUCUCUCUCUUUCUAUCAGAAAAUUUCUCCAAUAUGACUGUUGAAGCUAUUGUAAAUCGGAUCCGAAUCGCAGUGAGAAAUGCCUAAGCUCAAAAAGCCGUCUCGGUUUUUCAAAAGUGCUUCUUCAGCUGUUGUUCUUUUCUGGCUUCUCUAGCACCGCCGAGGAGACAGCAGAGUCACAGUCUCUCAGAAGCCAUAUUUGUCGAUAAAUUCUAUUCAUUCAAGGUAGAGUAAAUGAAGUUCCAAGUGGAAGUUGCCCUUGCUUGCGUCAUAAGCUUGAUCUGGAUUCAGCAAAGCCUUUGUGAUGAGGUUUCCAGUACUUCUAAUGCAACAGACUGGACAUGCAGAUGCUCUUUGUCAUAUCAAGGAAACCAGAGCUACACUCUAGAACCUUACUGUUCAGCAUCCUGUAAUUGCAGUCAGGAUGCUGGAAGUAGUACUAGAUGGACGUGUAUAUGUGCUGCUGAUCAGCUUCCUAAAGUGGCUGCUGACAGUCAUGAUACUAACUGUUUUACAGCCUGCAAUUGCACUUAUGGAUCUCUCAAUGCAGCAAAAUCUUCAAAAAACCACAUUCCAAGCAAAGUUGUUGUGAUUAUUCUUUUGGUAUGUGUCAUACUGACAACUCUUGCUUUUCUUGCCUCGGUGGCAUGCUACUUCUGUCGAAGGAACAAGUGCCCUAUUCAACCACCAUUAUUUUCAUCAGACAAGGAAACUAGUUGCAACAGUGCUACCAACUUAAUUAGCCAUAAGAGUACCUCAGUGUUUGAGACCAAAAUUAAUAUGGAUUCGCCCAUCAAUAAAGGUACAGGGUGCUUUACCUCUUGCUUAUUUAAGAGCAAAAUACGAGCUACACCUGGAGCAAUUAUUCAAUUUUCGUACUUUGAACUGGAAAGUGCUACCGAUAAGUUUUCAAAUUCCAAUCUAAUAGGACUUGGUGGAAGUAGCUAUGUCUAUCGUGGUCAGCUCAAAGGUGGCAGAAUCGUGGCAGUUAAGCGUCUAAAGGCUCAGCAAGGGCCUGAUUCGGACUCUGUCUUUAUAACAGAGAUUGAAAUGUUAUCCAGACUUCAUCAUUAUCAUGUGGUGCCUUUGCUUGGCUACUGCUUUGAAACCCAUGGAAAAAAUGCUGAGAGACUAUUGGUAUUUGAAUACAUGAAUAAUGGUAACCUGAGAGAUUGUUUGGAUGGAGAUGCGGGAAAAAACAUGGAUUGGGGUACUCGAGUUGCAAUUGCCAUUGGAGCUGCAAGGGGUUUGGAAUAUCUCCAUGAAGCAGCUGCUCCAAGAAUUCUACAUAGAGAUGUCAAAUCCACAAACAUUCUUCUGGAUGAAAAUUGGCAAGCAAAAAUAACUGAUCUUGGUAUGGCAAAACGCUUGAAAGCCGAUGGUCUCCCUAGCGCUUCUAGUUCUCCAGCAAGAAUGCAGGGGACUUUUGGUUAUUUUGCACCAGAGUAUGCGAUUGUUGGAAGAGCUUCUCUUAAGUCAGAUGUUUUCAGUUUUGGUGUAGUUCUUCUUGAGCUUAUCACUGGUCGGAAGCCCAUUCACAAAUCAAGCAGCAAGGGAGAAGAAAGCCUUGUCAUAUGGGCUACACCUCGUUUACUGGAUAGCAGGCGAGUAAUCACAGAGUUGGCCGAUCCAGAUCUGGCUGGAAACUUCCCAGAAGAAGAGAUGCAGAUAAUGGCUUUCUUAGCAAAAGAAUGCCUACUGUUGGAUCCUGAUGCUAGACCAAACAUGAGUGAGGUCGUCCAAAUCCUGUCAACUAUCGUCCCAGAGAGAUCUAAAAGGAGAAACUUUCCUGUGAAUCUUUUUCAGCACAUGGGCACGGAUGGUCAUAAAGAUGCUGAGGAACUAAGGCGAGCCAGAUCCAGUAAAGGUUCAGUUCGGUGUUCACUGCCACUAGAUAUUGAUCGUAAUCUCUGCGCCGAAAGACGUACAGACACUGUUUCAGAUAACUAUAUGGAGAGAUUGAUCCUCUUGACUUCAAACGCUAGGAGUUGGCGGGCCUCUGAUGAUGAGACAGUGGACUUAACGGAACCUAGGUUCGAGUCAUUUUGCCUAGCAAAUGCCAAGCCCCUAUGACAAAAAACAAAAAUACGCAACUUGAGUGAAUCUAGCAUUGGUAACAUGAACAUGGUACCAGCUUGUUUCAGAUACUUCUUCGAUAUUGGUUGCUCAAAGAAGUCAUGAGGAAGCAAGCAGGUUUGUGAAGACUUGUUCCUCUCUACAAUUUUUUUCUUUGAAGAAGAAGAAGAAAAGGGAAGAAAAGGGAAGAAAAAUCAUAGGCUAUUCUCUGAUCGUACAAAUUAGUUUGUUGUAUUCAUGUAUGUUCUUUGGUUGUUGUACAGAACAUAAAUCAUAGAAAAUUAUGUUAGAAGAUGAAACGGAUGGUAUGCUGCUUGUAAUUCCAGUCAUGCAAAAGUAUAGUUUUGGAA